GAGAUGACGCGAGUCUCUCCGUGGAGAGCAAGAGAAAUAAGGAAAUAAGCCAGGUGUCUGAGCAGGGCUUCUGUGAGAGCAGGGCGGAGAGCCAGUGAGCGAGCGACAUUUCACACCUGCAGGAGUCCUGCAGGUAGCAAGGCUAACAGCGGACUGGUGCACCCUCUUGAGAGGCGACGCGCUGGCUUUCUAUUCGCUUGCCCGCGGCUAGAGUGCACGUUCAUUUAUUUUGCACCUGAUUUCCUCCUUGAUGGCUGGUCACAUAGGUUCUUCUGGACUAGCCGCUACUUGGCUGAGGGGUUUGUUGUUGUUUUGAGGUCGGGAGGGAAGAGAUCAGUGAAAAUUCUCUCUGGGUACGUGGAAGGUUCUCAGCGAUGAGAAAGGGAAGACUUAAAAGCCUAAGGGGAAAGCAGCCUUCCCUGGCCCCCCACGUCUCGCGCUCCCCCUACUCCAAACGCGUGACCUCCUUUGGAGACCCCAGGUGGCACAUCAGUAUUUGAUCUGCUCCUCUCCAGCCUGCUGCGGGCGUUCGGCCACACACCACCCAGCUGCUGAAGCCGGCGCCCAGCCCCGCAGGCGGCUUGGGAAGGACCAUCUCCGCGCUCGCCCCCACCUCGGGCUGCUUGUGUUUCGGGGGCCCCCGGGGCGCGGCGCCCACCAUGCUCGGCUGCCCGAGGCUGGCGCUGUUUUGCGCGCUGCCCUGGCUCCUGCGGGCGGCGGUCCCCGGCCACCCCGCCGAGCCCCGAGCCCAGUCCGCAGAGCUGCUCCGCGAUCCCCGCGACCCCGCCAGGGGCGCCGAUUUCGAUCACGUCUACAGCGGGGUGGUGAACCUCAGCACCGAGAACAUCUACUCCUUCAACCACACCAGCCACCCUGGUCAGGUGACGGCUGUGCGGGUGCACGUGAACAGCUCCACUGAGAACCUGGACUACCCCGUCCUGGUGGUGGUGCGCCAGCAGAAAGAGGUGCUGUCCUGGCAGGUCCCUCUGCUCUUCCAAGGACUAUACCAGCGGAGCUACAACUACCAGGAAGUCAGCCGCACUCUUUGUCCAUCCAAAGCAACCAAUGAGACCGGCCCUUUGGAGCAACUGAUCUUUGUAGAUGUAGCAUCCAUGGCUCCCCACGGUGCCCACUACAAGUUGCUGGUCACCAAAGUCAAAAACUUCCAGCUCCGGACAAAUGUUGCCUUCCGCUUCACUGCCAGCCCCUCUCAGCCUCAGUAUUUUCUGUACAAAUUUCCUGAAGACGUGGACUCCGUUAUCAUUAAGGUGGUGUCUGAGAAGGCUUAUCCGUGUUCGGUUGUCUCGGUUCAGAACAUCAUGUGUCCAGUGUAUGAUCUGGACCACAACGUGGAAUUCAAUGGUGUCUAUCAGUCCAUGACCAAGAAAGCUGCCAUCACGCUCCAGAAGAAGGAUUUUCCAGACGAGCAGUUCUUCGUGGUGUUUGUGAUAAAACCUGAAGAUUACGCGUGUGGGGGAUCAUUCUCCAUCCAGGAAAAUGAAAACCAGACCUGGAACCUGCAACGAUCAAAGAACCUGAAAGUGACCAUUGUCCCGUCCGUCAAAGAAUCUGUGUAUGUGAAAUCCAGUCUUUUCAGUGCAUUCAUUUUCUUGUCCUUCUAUGUGGGAUGCCUGCUGGUCAUGCUUGUCCAUCACGUGAGGUUUCAGAGGAAAUCCAUUGACGGAAGCUUUGGUUCCAGUGAUGGCUCUGGAAAUAUGGCUGUGUCGCACCCCAUCACUGCCAGUACACCUGAAGGGAGUAACUACGGAGCAAUAGAUGAGUCGAGUUCCAGUCCUGGAAGACAGAUGUCUCCCUCGGAUGGUGGGCAGCCAUGCCACUCAGACACGGACAGCUCUGUGGAGGAGAGUGACUUCGACACCAUGCCAGAUAUUGAAAGUGACAAAAACGUCAUCCGGACCAAGAUGUUCCUGUACCUCUCAGAUCUGUCCAGGAAGGACCGGAGAAUUGUCAGCAAAAAGUAUAAGAUUUAUUUUUGGAACAUCAUCACCAUCGCCGUGUUUUAUGCCCUGCCUGUGAUGCAGCUCGUUAUCACCUACCAGACAGUGGUAAAUGUCACCGGCAACCAGGACAUCUGUUACUACAACUUCCUCUGUGCCCACCCCUUGGGCGUCCUGAGUGCCUUCAAUAACAUUCUCAGUAACCUGGGCCACGUGCUCCUGGGCUUCCUCUUUCUGCUGAUAGUGUUGCGCCGGGACCUUCUCCAUCGAAGAGCCCUGGAAGCUAAAGACAUCUUUGCUAUGGAGUAUGGGAUUCCCAAACACUUCGGUCUCUUCUAUGCUAUGGGCAUUGCGCUGAUGAUGGAAGGCGUGCUCAGUGCUUGUUACCACGUCUGCCCUAACUACUCCAACUUCCAGUUCGAUACUUCCUUCAUGUACAUGAUUGCGGGCCUCUGCAUGCUGAAGCUCUACCAGACCCGCCACCCAGACAUCAAUGCCAGCGCCUACUCGGCCUACGCCUCCUUCGCUGUGGUCAUCACACUUACCGUCCUUGGAGUGGUGUUUGGAAAAAAUGAUGUGUGGUUCUGGGUCAUCUUCUCUGCAAUCCAUAUUCUUGCUUCUCUGGCCCUCAGCACCCAGAUCUACUACAUGGGCCGAUUCAAGAUAGAUGUGUCUGACACAGAUCUGGGAAUCUUCCGGAGGGCUGCUAUGGUGUUCUACACAGAUUGUAUCCAGCAGUGCAGCCGACCUCUGUAUAUGGACAGGAUGGUGUUGCUUAUUGUGGGAAAUCUGGUUAACUGGUCCUUUGCCUUCUUUGGAUUGAUCUACCGGCCCAGGGACUUUGCAUCCUACAUGCUGGGCAUCUUCAUCUGCAACCUGCUGCUGUACCUGGCUUUCUACAUCAUCAUGAAGCUCCGCAGCUCCGAGAAGGUCCUUCUGCUACCACUGUUCUGCAUCGUGGCCACGGCGGUGGUGUGGGCUGCGGCCCUGUACUUUUUCUUUCAGAACCUCAGCAGCUGGGAGGGAACCCCAGCUGAAUCCCGGGAGAAGAACCGGGAGUGUGUCCUGCUGGACUUCUUCGAUGACCACGACAUCUGGCACUUCCUCUCUGCUACUGCCCUGUUUUUCUCAUUCCUGGUGUUGUUGACUCUGGAUGAUGACCUGGAUGUGGUCCGCCGAGACCAGAUCCCUGUCUUCUGAGCCUGCAGUAUCGCAGGAGAAGGCCCGAUCCACCUUGGUGCUGUUUCCUGGAAAAUACGGAGACUGCAGCAGCAUGCCCACUGCCGGACACUCUGCUCGUCCCAGCGGGAGUCCACGGUGUCUGCAUUCACACGGGAAGGCCAGAGCUUGGGGUGAGCUCACCUGGGGAAGAGUGGGAGAAGGGAAGCUCUGUUGUGCACAGAGGCAAAGCCAGGAGGCUCCAGAACCUCUGUCUGCAACUUCGAGCUCAAUCUAGAUGCAAGCUGCCUCAGGCCUGCUUGCUGCCUCGGCCCCUCCCCUCCUCACUGAGAUCGGUAGGAGAAACCAGCUAGUUGUACCUCCCACCUAGAACCUUUGCUGUGAUCACUGCCAACCCUGUAAGAUAGAUACCUGCUGCUCUAGAAGCCCAAAACACCAUCUCACUUCCCCGGGUCCUCAGAGGAUGUGAUUCCUCAGAAUAUGGUGCAGAAGUGGGACUGAGUCUCCAUCCAAUUGAGACAGACGUUCUGGUAACUCAAGCUAUUCAGGAGGAAUACUAAACAGUCUCCCAGGUUCCUGGCGCUACUGGAAAUGCUCAGGAUGGGACUUUGUCAUGCACGCUUCUGAUUGGGUCACCAUUGCUGGUCCCAAAGUCGAGGGAUCACCUAUUUCCUAGUGUCUUCACCUCACCACGGGAUGUUGACCCGGCACUCUGAAGCGGCCUUCUCAGAAGGGCCCUCUUUCUCCAUAGACUUCUGACAGCUCCAAGAUGGAUGAGAAAGGGAGAAAACUACAGCAGAAGAAGUGAAAGAGGUGACAGACAGCGCCAAACGGCUGAGCAUCAGGCAGGCAGCCUCCUCAUCUUAAGGACUCUGGAUUCUGGAGCAAAUUCAACCAAGCAGCAGUGUUUGGUGGUCCCCGCACACACAGCUCCAUCCGUGCGUGCGUGCGUGAGUGCGUAAGUGCGUGCGUGCGUGCGUGCGUGCGUGCACAGCCUUGGCAGGGAAAUCAGCAUUCCCAGCGGCAUUACCCCGGGGUCCUCCACAGUUGAGCCUCUCACCGGUCACUUACGGAGCUGUAACUCUGGAUGGACACGUGUUCCUCCUCAACGUGGGUUCAGGAGCUCAUAGUUAAUCCAGCCGCCUCGAAUUGCAUCUCCCUAGUCUGAUGUAAAACAGCUCAGUGCUCUAGUUCCUCCUCUCACAUCAUCUGGCAAAUCCUGCGAGAAGCCUCAUUUUGACCAGGCUUCCUGGUUGCCUGGAGUACGGUGUCACCGGAAAAUAGACAUACAAGUGUGUGUACACAUGCCUACUUGCUUGUGAACUUGAAGUCUCUCCUCACCCGUGCUUUCUUGAUCACUUAUGAAGGAAACGGACCAGGCAUUCCUCUUUUUAAACGUUAUUAUUCUUUCUCUCAAAUAUCUGCAUACUGUUCGAACAUGUGCUUUGGAAGUUUGAACAGUGAGCUUUUCUUGAUUUAAAAAAUGCAAAGAUAAUUUCCACGAAUUAUUUUGUGCGGUUUUUCUUUCUUUCCUACGUGGUCCUGUGUUUGCAAUGUCUUUUCUGUUACUCUUCAUUACUUCAAAACUUGUUGGCUUCUGUGGGUCAUAUGAAAACUAUCGAUUAGAUAGUUGUCCUAGUCAAACAUCUUUAAAAAAAAAAAAAAAAAGAAAAGGUUGCCAACAAGUGAGACGUUGUAGCUCAAGCCCUUAAUCCUAACAAAGGUAGAGGCAGGUGGGUUUAUGUGAGUUCAAGGACAACCUAGACUACAAAGUGAGUUCCAG